AUGAAUAAAGAGAAUUUAAACUUUACACCUUCUACUAAUAUAACCAUAAAUAAUAAUAAUAAUUACAAUAUUGUUAGUGUUAGUAAGGAAAAUAAUUUAAUUGGGGAAAAUUCAAAUUUUUCAAAUACCACAACCACAUUAUUAACCGAUCAAAAUACAAUUAAUAAUAAUAAUAAUAAUAAUACAAAUAAUAAUACAAAUAGUAAUUUUGGCUCAUUACAAAUAAUGGAAAUUUUAGAUAACCAAGAUUUAAAUUCAAAUACAGAAGAAUAUUAUUUAUUUUUAUUGGAACUUUCCUCUAUUGUCAGAUCAUCCUCAUUUACAUCUGGUUACAUUUUAAGGAGUUGCUCCAAUUCUACAAGGAUAUCAAAUUAUUUAAAAAUAUUGAUUGGAAAUUAUAAUAAAAAAAAAAUUAUCAAUAAAUAG